CCGCUGCGUGGUGGCCGGGGGCUGGGUACAGUACAGGACAGAAAGAGAGAGAAGUAGCGGGGGGUGCAGGGCGGCGGCGAGGGGAGCAGAAGGAUGGUAUUCGGCCGGAGCAAGUCGUCUUCGUCCGCACCGGCCGCUGCCUCGUCGGCUGCUGCGGCGGCGUGCUCGGAGCUUCGAGCGGCGUACCAUGAGUGCUUCAACCGGUGGUACGCGGAGAAGUUCGCCAAGGGGCAGUGGCACAAGGACGAUUGCGUCGGCGAGUGGCACAAGUACCGCGCGUGCCUCGAGGAACAUCUCGAAGACAAGCAUCUUAGGCAAAUCCUAUUGGAGUCAGAAACUUCCUACUGUGUCCAGCUUGAUCCUGAUUCUUCUUCAGGACAAGGUGCAGCCUCUGCAAAAUGACAGUCUAGGACUAACCACAUUGUCGAGGUCAAAUUUGGAGACCCUUGUAGAUUGAACCCUAAAGGCCUUGUAUUUGGACACAUUUAAUGCUCCUGGAUCAUAUCGUGGUUCAGCACAUGAGAUCAAUUUUGCAAAAAUUUCCAGGAUCGAGUUGUACUCUAUUUAGGCAUAUGUACUUUCAUAUAGCCGACCAUUGAAUAGUUUGUAAAUAUUCUGCAGUUCUGGUUCUGAAAUUAGGAGAAUAGGAUCGGUCA